UCCGUCAUGCUAUAGCCAGUGAUCCUCCCAGGUGAAAAUCUGCGCAGCCUGAAUUUGGCGGCAGUCAUUGAAACUUUACGCUGACAUAAAACCGAAACAGAUUGUCUCCCCAUCCACAGCUACAUAAGCUGAUAUUUGUCACCGGUCUUGAUCAAGUCGGACAAGAAUAUAGGUUACCUAGGAAGGUACCUGCCAAAACUUCAUAUCUGGAUUUGUUCAUAUCGUGAAGUCGAGGAGAUCCAUAUACCAUGUCUGCAACUGAAAAAGGAAAUGAGACUGCGCAAGGAGACUGUGUGGACACCCAGCUGGAUUCUGGCCUCAUGGCAGAGGGGCCCUCCCCCUCCUCACAGGUAGCACCAUCACAGGUGACUGGUGACUCUGAUCCUGACAAGUACAGAUACAACAUGACUGACAAGUACACCAGCAUCGGCCGGUGUGUCAUCAUCAACAACGAAAACUUUCAUGAAGCCAGGGCCUUGGUCAAGGGGAGAGCCGCAGGGUGUGCUGGCUUUUGUCUCCACCUUAAAAUAAGCAACCGAUUCAGACCCAAGAAACCAGGUGAGAAAACUCGCCAUGGCACAGAUGUAGAUGCUGACCGAGUGGAGAAAACGUUCAGAGGGCUGGGUUAUGACGUUAAGAUUUUCAAAGACUUGAAAGUAGCGAAGAUAGUGAAGGAGCUGACUAAAGUCUCUAAGGAGGAUCACAGCAAGAUGGCUUCCUUUGUGUGCGUGAUCCUGAGUCACGGGGAGGAGAACGGGAUAAUCUAUGGGACUGAUCGUGAGGUGGAGCUCAGUGAACUGACCAGCCUCUUCAGAGGAGACCACUGUGCUACCCUGGUGGGCAAACCCAAACUGUUCUUCAUCCAGGCAUGUCGUAGUGAAGAAGAUGAUGGCGGAAUGGUAGGAAUGAGCCUUGGAGAUACCGAAGCUAUCGAAGCUGAGGAAUCAACCCCCAGGAUCCCUGUAGAGGCGGACUUCCUGUAUGGCUACUCCACUGCUCCAGGGUAUGUUGCCAUGAGGGACAAACAAGAUGACACCUGGUUCAUUAAGUCCCUGUGUUCCAUUCUGGAUGAGUUUGGGAAACAGCUGGAACUAAUGCAGCUCAUGACCCGUGUUAACAACAUGGUGGCACUGAGCUUUCAGUCGACCACAAAGCAGAUGCCGUGCAUUGUGUCUAUGCUGACCAAAGAGCUGUACUUCCCUAAAUAAUGCUCUCUUAAUAGAUACUGUAAAACAAGUCUGUGAUUCUUUAUUAUGUAAUGUAAGAUCUAUAAGGAGGCAUGUAUUUGGGUUUACUUGUGUUUUAAUUAUUGGUUUAUUAAUUAUGUGUUUGUAGCGAUCUCGGAUUCUCUAGAAUCAUCCAAUAAUACUUCCAGGAGAGACAGCAAUACAAAUACAUUCAUAAAAUAUAUUGAUUUUAUCUUAGUGCCUUUAGCAGCUUGCUAAGAGACUUUCAGCUUUUAUAUAAUGUAGAUUAAAGCUAUAUGCUGUGGUGUCAUUAUUUUGGUUGUUUACACUUGUCUACACUUCAUCUGACAAUGUAGGAGAAACACGAGAGCAUUCACGUGGGGUAGCUGAAAGCCUGUGAUGGAUUAUGAAUAGUACUGUGAUAUGAAAAUAUUUGACCCUCACAGGAGUACAGACCUGCCAUCAUACUUGCUGUCAAUGUCAACUGCUGUUGCAAAUAUCCUCACAAAGAGCAAA